AUGGAUGAUGAAAUUAAUGCCAUCAAAAGAAAUGAUACUUGGGAGUUAUCCGAUCUUCCGGAUGGACAAAAAACCAUUGGUGUGAAGUGGGUCUUUAAAACAAAACUGAAAGAAAAUGGUGAAGUUGACAAAUACAAAGCACGUUUGGUAGCCAAGGGAUACAAGCAGCAAUAUGGGAUCGACUAUACAGAGGUUUUUUCUCCAGUUGCGAGACAUGACACGAUCAGAUUGGUGGUUGCAUUGAUGGCACAUAAUUCUUGGCCUAUUUUCCAACUAGAUGUCAAAUCGGCAUUCUUGCAUGGGUACUUGGAGGAACAGAUUGGAGAUAAAGGGAAAAUGCUUAUUGUCUGCUUGUAUGUUGACGAUCUUAUAUUUACUUGGAAGUUGUGA